AUGAGUACAGCGGACAAGGUGCUGUGCGUGACCGGAGGGACCGGUUACAUCGCAUCUUGGCUUGUCAAGUCGUUGCUUCAGCGUGGCUACACAGUCAAAGCGACUGUACAAGAUCCCGAUGAUCCGAUGAAGACGCAACACCUUCGAGCUCUUGAAGGUGCUAAGGGGAGACUACAUUUAUGCAAAGCCGAUUUGCAGGAAGAAGGGUCCUUCGACUCGGCCAUCAAUGGAUGCGAAGCUGUUUUUCAUACAGCAUCACCUGUGCUUUUCUCAGCUUCUGAUCCCCAGGUGUUUAUAUGUGAAGACGACGGACCUCUUGUGUCGGCUUAUAGGGUAUCAAGGGAAAGAGUGGAAGGUUUGGGUGCGACGUUCAUUCCUUUGGAGGUCAGUGUACGAGACAGCGUCGAUGGAGAAAGGCUUACCCUUGGUUUGAGCUUGGAGAAAGGGAAACGCUCCAGCUACAUCAGUAUACGCUUGCUAUGGACUUCAAAAGCCAUGUAA